ACAGCAUGGAAACAAUGCAGGAAAGUGCCCUGGGGUGUUUACUAUGCUCUGUGGCAACAAACCUUUGUAUGAAUGGAAUUCUUGACAAGACAGAUGGGAGUAAAUAAUGUUACAAUGUGGAAUAAGGAAUGAGAUGAGAUCACAGCCUGGCCAGUCCAUUGUAAACCUGGACAAUGAUCAGGGGUGCCGAAUUCUGAAACCUAUUUAGGAGAAGCUCAGAUCAGUUGGAUCAAGCUGCUGGAUGCACCACACUACCUCACUUACAAUGAACCAUAUAUGCAGCCACAGGGAAGACACUUUACAAACCCUCUCCUCUUCUUUCUCAUCCAAAGCAUAUAUCCGACCAAGAAGAAGAGCAGUGGGUGGUCAGAAGGUCACAUUUAAUAGUGUGACAGCUAGUCCUGGAGCCACAAAUCACUGGACACAAAAAUAUCUGCCACAGCCACCUGAUCUAUUUCAAGUCCUGCGCAGUAGAGAUGAAGUGUGGAAACUUCCUCCACCACAACCAUGCCGCCCCCGCCGACGUAACAGACAAAUUGGCACUGAAGACAUGAAAACACCAAAGUUUGCCACAAAUCAUCAGAAUGUGCAACACCAAAAUAAAUCCCUUUCCUCGUCACCAAUAGCCCAAAGUGCAAACAAGCAGAUCAGCAGAAUUUUGCCAGCCGACGACGUCACUCCUGCCACCGAUGGGUGCAAUAAUCACAGGCUUGUUCACACUGAAGAGGACGUUUGCUUUGAAAAUGAGGCCAAUUUAUUACUGACUGCAGGCAGCACACCAAAAAAAUCCCCCAGCCUACUGCAGAAAAUGGGUCUGAAACUCAGGAAGACUACAGAAUAUAUUGGUGCUUCAAACUGUGCCUUCGAGGAAGAAUAAACAAAGCACUACGAUGAGUACUCUACUCAUUCAGACCAAUGCUUGACUGUGACCAAAAUGUUUUACUAUUUAUUUUCCUACUAAUGCACUCAGGUCUACAGAAGAAAUGUGUCCAGCCUACAAGUUUUUGACCACAUUUUUGGACUAUGCAUAUCAUGAAGCGUGUGGCUUUGCCCACUUAGGAAAUACAGAACCAUUAUAUACUGCCAUCCCCUGCCUUGCCAUUGUGUGUGACUGCUGAAGACAAACUUAUCACAUAUGUAUAUGAGCAAUAAAGAGUGUUGCUUGUUUUUAGACCUUCAGGUGAGUAUAAUGAAAUGCUAGGAUGUGGCCAACAACAGAGGAACAGUCACAGGUUGCUUAACCAAAUGACAUAAGUACUAUGUAGUAUUAGAAGAAAAUACUCAAAAUUGGUGCCACUAACCCAUACUGCUUUUUCAUGUUAAGUUCUGCUAUGCUUUAAGGGGAAACUAUAGUAAGCAUGUUUGCUGUUCUACAUUUGCAUGAUUUUACUGCAAUCA